AUGGAAGAGGAAAUCAGGAUGAUCGAGAAAAACAAUACCUGGUCUCUGGUAAAAUCAAGUGCAGACAGAAAGUCUAUUGGAGUAAAGUGGGUGUUCAAGGUGAAACUGAAUCCGGACGGGACAACAAACAAGCACAAGGCACGGCUUGUGGCAAAGGGGUACUCCCAGCUUCUAGGAAUCGACUACACAGAAACUUUUGCUCUUGUGGCCAGAUAUGAAACAAUUAGACUCAUUCUGGUCAUGACAGCUCAGUUUAGUUGGAGUGUGAUGCAUUUGGAUGUGAAAUCAGCCUUUUUGAAUGGCAAGCUGAAUGAAGAAAUUUAUAUUGAGCAGCCACCGGGGUUCAUUCAACCUGGAAAGGAGAGACACGUCUAUCUUCUUCACAAGGCCCUAUACAGCCUCAAACAGGCUCCACGAGCCUGGUAUGAUAAGUUAAAUACAUAUUUACUUCACUAUGGGUUUGAGAAAAGCAUGACAGAAACUAUAUUGUAUGUGAAUAAAGAUGAAGACAGACUUAUUACUGCAGUAUAUGUUGAUGAUAUACUAGUAACAGGCAGCAACAAAAGAAAAAUGAUAGAGUUCAAGCUGAAAUUGGAAAAUGAAUUUGAGAUGUCUGAUCUUGGAGAGGCUACCUACUUCCUGGGAAUGGAGAUUCAUCAAAGCAGCUUGGGUAUUUUUCUUUCACAAGGCAAGUAUGCUAAAGAAAUCCUAAAUAAAUUCAACAUGGAUCACUGUAAAUUAGUGUCUACACCACUGAUAUCCAACCUGAAGUUGUCAAAGGACGAGAAAGGUAGCAAAGUUGAUGAGGGGAAUUACAGAAGUCUGAUUGGGAGCCUUCUGUAUCUCACGGCUACUAGACCAGACAUUCUAUUUGCAGUGAGUUUGCUUUCAAGGUACAUGGCCUCACCGAGGGAAUCACACUUACAAGCUGCUAAACAUGUGCUGAGGUACUUGAAAGGAACCUGGAACUUUGGUGUUCAAUUCAAAGCAAGAGCUGAGGGUGGAUUGGUCGGCUACAGUGACAGUGAUUGGGCAGGAAGCGUGGAAGAUGCACGUAGUACAACUGGGUACUUGUUUAAACUAGGCUCCAGUGCUUUCUCAUGGGCGUCUAAGAAACAGGAUACUGUGGCACAGUCCACAGCUGAGGUUGAGUAUGUAGCUACAGCUACAGCAGCUAACCAAACAAUUUGGUUGAGGAAAGUGUUCAAUGAUGUAAAGCUGGACAAACAAACACCUACAGUGUUGUAUGUAGACAAUAAGUCUGCAAUUGCCAUUGCGAAAAAUCCUGUAAUGCACGGGAGAACUAAACACAUCAACGUUAAGUAUCAUGCUAUACGUGAGGCAAAGUUCUUAAAAACUGACUUGGAAGGAUCUAAAGUGAUAAGAAAGGAAGCUAGAAAUGCAUUACUGGAACUUGCAAAUGAUAAAUUUUAUCGCAUUCUUGUCAUAGAGGAGGGUCUGGUUCCUGUGCCAAUAAUUGGUGGUGCUGCUUAUAGUUCCUACAAACCUGGUUUGCAUUCUUGGCCCAGCUUACCUGAUGGCACUGAGAUCGAGCAGACUUCAAAAGGUCCUUCCAGAUUUGGUGCUUCUGAGUUGCUUCUUGGGCUGAAUGUUGAUGAGAAUAUGCACAUGGAAGAAGCCAAGAUGAAAGCAAUAGUUGGACGAACACAGCAACAAUUUCUUGCACGUAUUGGAGCUAUAGAAUUGGAAGAUGAAAAAAAACAGAAAUCUGAAUUUAUCAAUGAACAUAUGCGAGUUUCAUUCAAAGAAGCUGGGGCUAUCGAGCAUUUGGUUCGGCUCUUGGACCAUAGUAAUGAUGCUGUAAUAUUGCAUGUUACACGGGCUUUGGAGAGGUUAUCCAUCAGUCAUGUCGUUUGCCAGAUAAUUGAAGCUGCAGAUGUCAUCCAUCCUCUAGUUAAUAUCCUAAAGCGUGCAGAGAUAUCUGAAGAUGUAAUGGAAAAGACCUUGGAUAUACUUGCUCGGAUCUUAGACCCUACUAGGGAAAUGAGAUCGAAGUUUUAUGAAGGACCUGUAAAUGGAUGUAAAAGAGGGCUAGAGGCAGCGAAAAACCGUGAUGAUUCUAUUGUAUUAGAUGAGGAUAAGACUGAAAUAUCCACUUCAACAUCAAAAGGCAUUUCCAGGAAAGAUGUGCGGGACUCUGCAUUCCUUGCUCAACUUGUCAAGAUUAUGAAGAUUGCUUCCCCAAAUCUGCAAAGAAAAGCAACUUCCAUCCUUGAGUUUGUGUCAGUUGUUGACCCAAGCAUGGAUGCUAUCAUUUCAGAGGAGGUUGCAUCUGGUUUAGAUGCUGUUUUCCAACAGAAGGUCUUUACAGACAUGGAAUCCGAUAUAGAAGCCCAGCAACCGGAAAAGUAUGCCCUUGAAGUUGAAGAAGCUGGUCUUGCUAUCUCUGCGGCAUCAAGGUUGCUAAUAAAACUGCUUGAUUCUGAGCAAUUUUGCCGGACCACAAGUUUUCCUCAUUUAACUAAUUUGCUCCGGAAAAUUCUCAAGUCGAACAUCCCGCUCCAUAACAAGGACUGGGUUGCUGCUUGUCUAGUUAAACUAAGAUCUCUGUCCAGUCCUGACCUCAACUCUGAGAGUCCAGUCAACAUAGAGGUAACUCGUUAUGAGACAAUUCCAAGACUUAUUGAGCAGAUAAAGUCCUCAUUCUUGCCAGAAGCACAGGAAGCUGCUGCAGUGGAGCUCAACAGAUUAAUAUCCGAAGAGGUGGUGGAUCUCACUCAUGCUGUUGCCGCAGAGGGGGGUAUAUUUGCACUCGUGAAGCUUCUCGAACAAGGGAGUGAGAGGGCUGUAGAAGCUGCCUUGGCUAUAUUGUAUAACAUGAGCAUGGACAGUGAGAACCAUUUGGCAAUUAUAGCUGCAGGAGCAGUGCCAGUGCUGAGGAGGAUCGUUCUAUCAGAGAGGCCACAGUGGAGACGAGCACUUCGGUUGCUGAGGACUUUACCUACAUGAUGAGGCUAAUCAUGGAGUAAAUGACUUGAAUAAUUUGAAAAUGAUUAUAGAGUUGAAUGUAUUAACCCGUGAUGUGAGGUUGAAAGUUAUAUCUUUCGAUGGUAGUUGCUGAGGGUGUACAAACAUUAUUAAUGUUCUUGACAUGCUAGUUACACCCGAGGUACAAUUGGUUUUUUCUCUUUCAUUUUCUACUUUACAAAAUGAAAGAAUUCAAGCAGUUUACUUGAUUGUCAA